AAAGAAUAAUUUGAGAUACAGGUACCAUUUUCUCUUUGCUGUUGUAGGAUGACUUUUGGUGCUUAGACUUUUAUCGAGAAAUACAAGACUCCUUCUUCUCUUUCUCUUUUUCUCUCUCUCUUUCUCUACACCGAGAGAAAAGCCAUGGAUAGGCUUCUAUCCUCCUCUUCUCUCCCUUCUCUCAAAACUAACCUCAAACCCAUUACUUUUCUCCCUCCAACCACUCGUUUUGGUUCCGCAAGAUUCAAUUUUCUCCCUUCAAAUCGUUGUUCCUUCAGGUGGGUCACCUCAAUUUCUCGCAACCAUGAAAACCCAUCUCCAUUUUUGUCUUCAACUCCCCAUUUCGUUAACCGGAUGAUGCAACCAAACAACCCACUUUCUCUAGUAACCAAUUCUAAUAACCCCAUAAUCGAACCCCAACCCCUCAAUCAGAUCAAUGCCAGCGAUUUCAGAAAACCAAAGGGAAUAACAGUUCAGACAUUUGUAAUACUCUCUGCUCUUAUUGUGCUCUUAAUUCAACCAGCUUUUGCUCCAGCAGCUUUUGCAACCUUUCAAAAUGCUGCCAAGACCGGUGGUCCUGCCACAACUGCCGUUGGUGGAAAACUUAUCCGCACCGAACUCCUAAGUAGUGCUUGGACUGGUUUCUUUGCCGGUUGCUUGCAUACAUUAUCAGGCCCCGACCAUCUUGCAGCUUUGGCUCCAUUGUCAAUCGGCCGCAGUCGAAUGGAGAGUGCUGCUGUUGGAGCCCUUUGGGGUUGUGGCCAUGAUGCUGGUCAGGUAAUCUUCGGCUUAAUAUUUUUGCUCCUAAAAGAUCGACUUCACAUCGAAAUUAUCCAAACUUGGGGCACAAGAGUGGUAGGCAUUACCUUGCUAGUAAUCGGUGCUAUGGGAAUUAAAGAAGCUUCAGAGGCUCCCACUCCAUGUGUUGCCUUAGAAAAUGGUGAAUGUGAUGUCAGCGCCUACGAAUCACUUGAUAAUCCUGUAGUAGGAAAGAAGAAGAUUGGUUUUGCAACUUUUGCCACUGGAAUAGUGCAUGGACUGCAACCAGACGCGUUAAUGAUGGUGUUGCCGGCCCUCGCUUUGCCUUCUCGCUUGUCCGGCGCUGCAUUUCUCAUCAUGUUCUUAUUUGGAACUGUUGUUGCAAUGGGUAGUUAUACGGUUUUUAUAGGAUCGUGUAGUGAGGCACUAAAGGAUAGAAUUCCUAGAAUAACAGAGAAACUCACUUGGGCUUCUUCUCUUAUAGCUAUAGCCCUUGGGUUUGCCAUCCUCAUUAGCCAGUUUUUUGGGUUUAGUUUGUAUUGAUACACUUCAAUCAACCAGUAACCUUUAUGAUGAUCAUUUUAUUGUUAAGAAAAAGUAGAGCCAUUAGAGAGAAAUUUUAUUGUUUGGAAAAAGUUCAUGAUUCAUGCAACAUGUUAUAUGGUUCCUGUCUAUUAAUUGACUAAGCUUAGAACUAUGUAGCUGUCACACUUUUAAGAUUUUAAUGGAUAAUGCAAUAUUCUGUUUAUGCA